AUGACCACGGAGCUUCUGCGCAUCUUUAAUGAAUGUGGAGUGUCGGUCGGGCUUCAAUACAAGCUGGGUCAGCAUUUCACUACAGUGAAGAAGUUUGCUACGUUUGCUGAUACGAGAUCAGAUGUGCGUGCUGCCCUCAAGGCAGAUCAUUCCUUGGAAGCCGCUGGCCAGGAGACGCGCGCUGCUGUGGCGGCCGUUGUCUCCGCAUGGGAGUCCUGUCGAAAAUUCUCCUCUAAGGAGAGUGAGUUGAAAGCUGAGGCCAUGCGAGCAUCAUUCGAGAAGACCUUCGGUGGCAUUGAUGAGGUGGUCGAACCGUCAGCUGAUUACCUCUCAACGAAGAUGGAGGAGGUAGAGAAUGGAGAGAUCAUUGCAUCACCUCUGUCAGAUGUGACAAGCAAGCGUAAGGCCAAGACUCUGGGCAUACAGACCAGUGUCGACGCUGGGGGACAUGUCCGGAUCGUCAAACAGCGGAGCAAAGGUUCUCUUCCUCAAAACACCGAGGAACUUCGCGCCAUCCUUCGAGUGGAAGGCAAGGCCUGGGUCUUCUUGGGCAGCAAGUAUCGCAACAAGGUUUUCUUCAAAGACAUGACUCAGACUGAUCAAGUGGCUCUUCGGCCACCUUGGACCAUGAUGAUCAGCUAUGAGUUCGAGCUUCGCAAAGAGGCCGUCAAGCGGGCAUUCCGUGAUUCGCGCCCGCUCUCAGAGACUUUGCGUGAGGUACAGGGCGAUGCGCAGCUGAAGGAGCAAUUCUUCACUUCCCCCAGUGCUCUGCAGAGCCGCAGCAUGCGCACGUGGUUCGAGCGUCCCAAUUAUGGACAGCCGUGGAAGUGGCGAAAGGGAGAGAAAGGCCCUGGUAAAGGCAAAGGAGGACACGCGAAAGGGCAAGGAUCAAAAGGGAAAGAGAGGCAAGGGCAACGGAGAGCUGGCAAGCCGCGCUCCAGAUGGACGCCUCAUCUGCUUUGCAUAUUUGACAUCCGGAUGUCCAGGUGA